AUAGAAUGGGGGUCCUCCGAGCAUCAAGUCCAGGCUGGGGUGGAACUCUUGGACUUGCUAAAAGUCUUGUAAAGAAAGUUGUGAGACUAGAUGUUCCCGUUGACAAGUAUCCAAGUUACAACUUUGUUGGUCGUUUACUGGGACCAUGUGGGGACUCCUUAAAAAGAGUUGAAGCUUCAACUCAAUGCAGGGUUUAUAUACGAGGUCGAGGUUCAAUGAAGGAUUCUAUAAUGGAAGAAAGCUUACGGGAUAAACCUGGAUUUGAACACUUAAACGAACCGCUGCACAUACUAUUGGAGGCAAAAUUUACACUAGGCAUAAUUGAUGCUCGCUUAAACCAAGUUGUUGCCACCCUUGAAGAUCUUCUGAAACCUGUGGACGAGUCAAUGGACUACUACAAGAAGCAACAGCUCAGGGAGUUGGCCAUACUCAAUGGCACGUUGAGGGAAGAGAGUCCACAAAUGAGCCCACAAACGUUCAGGGAGUUGACCCACAGGAAAUAG